ACAGGAGACAAUCGUAGACCUAAGAGGGUGAUAUGAUAAAGAACAAUUGGGGGAAUUUAUUUAGUUGGGACAGUUUAGGACAGACAGGUACGAAGGAUGGAGGUACUGAAGGGAAGGCUGAGGGUGAGGAAUAUGCUGUUCAGGGAGUUAAUGGCUGAGACCUUGGCUAUGUUCGUCCUUAUGGUGAGUACUUCAUCUCAAAAUGUAUUGUUUGUAUUGUUAUCAAUGACCAAGGGUUGUUACUGUUUUAUGCAUUCUUAAAUCUCAUAUGAAUUUGUUUAUUCUAUGUGUUUGAAAGUGCUUGGGAGCAAAAACUACCUCACCACAAUUGGGGAACAUAUUCAAAAUGCUCUAGAGUAGCUGUUCCGCAAGAAUUCAUUGACUAUUCAAAGAUUUGUUUUGACGGUCAAGACUUGAGUUGGAAUCAGAUCCAGAAACGAGGAACUGAACAGAGCAACCCUGGGUUAAAACGGAAUGUUCUAGAACGUACUUCACUCUUCUAUCACCUCCUCCAUUGCAAGGGACUUGCCUAGUUAAAUAAAGGUUAAAUUAAAACAAAAACAACAAACUCUACGUGCUGCUUUUAGUUCUCGCCAACCUUGUUGCAAUUUCUGUCUUUUUCUCUUCCAUCUUCAUUCCUUUAUCAGUGUCUUUUGAAGACGUUUGGCAAGUAUGCAUGGUGACUGUACUAAGUUGAUCUUGGAACAUCUCUCUUCCCCAUUUCUCAUCCAACCUUCCUCCUCUCUCCCUACUCCGUCUCUCUCUCCUUCCUCAAUCUCUCUCUCAGAUGUUUGGCUGUGCGUCGAUGGCCCAGGUGAAGUUGACUCGAGGGGCCAAGGGCGAGUACCUCUCUGUCAAUAUGGCCUUCUCACUGGGCGUCAUGAGUGCCAUGUACAUUGCCAGGGGCGUCUCUGGAGCCCACCUGAACCCAGCUGUCUCCCUUAGUUGCUGUGUCCUGGGGAGGCUGCCUUGGUCUAAACUGCUGCCCUACUGCAUGUCUCAGGUUCUGGGGGCCUAUAUAGCUGCUGUUGUGGUCUUCCUUGUGUACUAUGAUGCUAUUAUGGACUACAGCGAUCCUACAUCUAUGGUGGGCACAGGUAUGAUCAUGAUGUGCUUCCUGUCCCUGGAUGACCGGUGGAACAAGCCUGCCCUCGCUGACCUGGUGCCCCCCCUCACCGCCGUGGUUCUCAUGGGGAUCUCCCAGUCCAUGUCUUCAAACUGUGGGGGAGGGAUCAACCCUGCCCGGGACCUGGGGCCACGCCUACUCACUCUGACCGCAGGAUGGGCUAAAGAGGUCUUCAUGUGCUAUAACUACUGGUUUUGGGUCCCCAUCGUGGCCCCAAUGGUGGGGGCAGUGCUCGGUUCUGGGCUCUACCUGGUCUUUGUCCAAUGGCACUUACCAGACUCUGAGAUAAAUGAAACCAAUGACUUGCAGUUUAAGACAAUGGAUACCAAGACUGUGGAAAAGCUGGAAAUCAUCAAAAACUGUAGAGUAGAGCUAGAUCCUAACAAAGUAGCUAUUGGCUGUCCUAAAAGUCACUAGAAGUCGUUAAAUGACGUCAUCACCUAAUUUGCGUAUUUGGCCAUGUGCAUGUAAUUGUGAUGGACGCUGUAGGAGAGAGGAAUAACGUCGUGGGAGAGA